GCUGGGCUCCCCCAGACCCGCACGCCCUACCCAGGUUCCGCCUAGGGCCUUCCUCAUCGCAGGAGGCCUGAGCGGGGACCCAGCGCACCCCCCCCCCAAGCCGGGCGGCCCCGGCUCCUCAGGCCGCGGGCUCGCUCGAGCGCCUCACCCGUCAGCCUCGGGCUGCUCCUUCCGCGGCCCCGCCGCCGCCAGCAAGUCGGGCCGAGAGCCGCGCCGCCAGCGAUGACUCGAGCGGGCUGCCUGGGACUUUCGGCUCAGGCUUCCCAGCCCUCCUCGGCCCCCUCCGCCAAGGCCCAACCCCGCCGCUCAGAACCGCGUCCCAAUUACCUAGUUAGGCCCCAAAGUCUCCGGUCCGGACUCGGUGGCGCGACGGCAACUUCCACUGGCUCCCCCCACCCCCCCCAGCGGCGGCGGCGGCGGCUUGUCGUCCCUUCAAUUAUCAGCUGAGCCGCAGCACCGCGCGGCCGUGCGCCUCCGCCCGCGCCGCCUCCCUCCCCGCCUGCUCCACUCCAGCCAGGGACUACUUUGCCCUAAGGCUCCGGCCUGCGGGAUCUUCCGCAGGACCAGCCCCGCUACCUAUUUACAGCCCAACACAUGGCCCCUCCCUCUCCAGCGCUCUAACUCUGGUCGGCGAGCAGCCUCCAGUCUCCUUCCGAUCCCUUCGAGGGACCAGGAAGGGGACUGUGGCGCUCUACUUGGUAUCCCUCCGCUGGGGUCACCCCCGCCCCUCCGCGCUAGCAGGAACUAAAUUCCACUUCGGGUCACCCAGGACCUGAUUGUAGAAAUUUCACAAAGCAGCCUUCCUUGUGGCCCCGGUAAAGAAAAUCACCACCCCAAGUUAAAACCCCCACUGCCAACUCAAAAGCGGGCUUCGCUUUAAACUGGGGCUGCGGCCCCCUGACCCCUGUCAAGCCCCGCCCCUUCCUGGUUGUCUUAGCGACGGCGGUGGCGUCCCAAGAUGGCGUCGUGGCUGCCGGAGACUCUGUUUGAAAUUGUAGGACAAGGCCCGGCGCCGAGCAAAGACUAUUACCAGUUGUUGAUCACCCGGUCUCAGAUCAUCUUUAGAUGGUGGAAGAUUUCUCUGAGAAGUGAGUUUCGGUCAGCAAAGCCUGGAGAGACAAAGGAAACCCAUGAAGAUUUCUUAGAGAACUCUCAUCUUCAAGUACAAGUCGCCUUAAUAUUUGGUGCAAGAAUAUUAGACUAUGUCUUCAACCUGUGUGAAGGUAAAUUUGACUACCUGGAGCGGCUCUCAGACAAACUGCUGAUAAAGAUCAUCUGCUACCUGGACCUUGAAGAUAUUGCCAGGCUCGCUCAGACAUCAAGCAGGUUCGCAAAGCUGUGCAAGUCUGAUUCACUGUGGGAGCAGAUAGUUCAGUUGGCCUGUGACACCAUCACCCCCGACAUGCGGGCCCUGGCGAAGGACGUGGGCUGGAGACAGGUGUUCUUCACCAACAAGAUCCAGCUCCAGAGGCAGAUUCGCAGGAAGAAAAGACAGGGAAAGCAGGAGAAGAAGCAUGCUUAGGGGCCAGCUGUCCCCAUCAGUGGGGCCACAGAUGGUACUUCUCUUCAGAUCUAAAUUUCAUUCUCUUUUAUCAACAAUUGUUGCUGAUUCCAGGAAUCACUUGAAAAUCACAUUUUGUACACACACACACACACACACACACACACACACACACACACACAU